AUGAUAGCAGGGAAGGGGAAGGGGAAGGAAUAUGUAGAACAAGAGGAACAAGGUUUAGGGUUCCGGGUAGAGAGAGAAGAGAGGAGAGGGGUUGAAAUUAAGAUUGAGAUGGUGCACGGCGCGAGCGAUGUUCUUCGCCGAGAAGCACCAACCAUCCUGGCUUUCAUCUCCCUGGAUACAAUCAUCAUCAUCUACUCAGCAAUAAAGAAACUUAUCUCUAUCGAAAACUUCUUUGUGGCACACUUGACCGUUACUCUCGGUCAAAUUCUCUGCUCGCACAGCUACUUUUUUCGCCGAAGAAUAUACAAGGCAGGAAAGAGCACCCGUAGCUCAGCUUCUUCGAGCCCACAAACUCCUACCACAAAAGCCCAGAGGCAAAAAAGCACCGACAUUUCAAUUAUUCCAGAAAUUCGGAACGUGUCAACGUGUGAGUCGAAAUAUCAAAAAUUUGACCGCCGUUAA